AUGGAGCCUUGGAGACAAUGCGCUCAGUGGCUCAUCCAUUGCAAGGUGCUGCCCGCCAACCACCGGGUGACUUGGGACUCUGCCCAGGUGUUUGACCUGGCUCAGACCCUCCGCGAUGGAGUCCUGCUCUGCCAGCUCCUCAACAACCUCAAGGGUCAUUCCAUUAAUCUCAAGGAGAUCAACCUGAGGCCCCAGAUGUCCCAGUUUCUCUGUCUGAAGAACAUAAGAACCUUCCUAACGGCCUGUUGUGAGACAUUUGGGAUGAGAAAAAGUGAACUCUUUGAAGCUUUUGACUUGUUUGAUGUUCGAGAUUUUGGAAAGGUCAUAGAAACACUGUCAAGACUUUCUCGUACACCUAUUGCAUUAGCCACAGGAAUUAGACCAUUCCCUACGGAAGAAAGUGUCAAUGAUGAAGAAAUCUACAAAGGCCUUCCUGAUUUAAUAGAUGAAACUCGUGCAGAUGAUGAGGAGGACUUGUAUGACUGUGUUUAUGGAGAAGAUGAAGGGGGAGAAGUCUAUGAAGACUUGAUGAAAGCUGAAGAAGCCCAGCAGCCGAAGUGUCUGGAAAAUGACAUACGAAGCUGCUGCCUCGCAGAAAUCAAACAGACAGAGGAGAAGUACACGGAAACAUUGGAGUCAAUAGAAAAAUAUUUCAUGACCCCACUGAAAAGAUUUCUGACAACUACCGAGUUUGAUACUGUAUUCAUCAACAUUCCUGAACUGGUGAAAGUUCACAGAAGCCUGACACAAGAGAUUAAUGACUCCAUUGUCAAUAAAAAUGACCAGAAUUUAUAUCAAAUUUUCAUUAACUACAAGGAAAGAUUGGUUAUUUAUGGGCAAUACUGCAGCGGAGUGGAGUCAGCCAUCUCUGGUUUAGACUUUAUUUCUAAGACAAAAGAAGAUGUCAAGUUGAAACUCGAGGAAUGUUCCAAGAGAGCAAACAACGGGAAAUUCACACUACGAGAUUUGCUUGUUGUUCCUAUGCAGCGGGUUCUAAAGUAUCAUCUCCUGCUCCAGGAGCUGGUGAAACAUACCACUGAUUCUACUGAGAAGGCAAAUCUGAAACAAGCCCUUGAUGCAAUGAAGGACUUGGCCCAAUAUGUAAAUGAAGUGAAGAGAGAUAAUGAGACCCUACGAGAAAUAAAGCAGUUUCAGUUAUCCAUAGAGAACUUGAAUCAGCCCGUGUUGGUGUUUGGAAGACCACAGGGAGAUGGUGAAAUCAGAAUAACAACCCUAGACAAACACACCAAACAAGAAAGGCACAUCUUCUUGUUUGAUUUGGCGGUCAUUGUGUGCAAAAGGAAAGGUGAUAACUACGAAAUGAAGGAAAUAAUCGAUCUUCAACAAUACAAAAUUGCCAACAAUCCCACAACUGACAAAGAAAACAAAAAGUGGUCUUAUGGCUUCUACCUCAUCCAUACCCAAGGUCAAAAUGGACUGGAAUUCUAUUGUAAAACAAAAGAUUUGAAGAAAAAAUGGCUUGAGCAGUUUGAAAUGGCACUAUCUAACAUAAGGCCAGACUAUGCAGACUCAAAUUUUCAUGACUUCAAAAUGCACACCUUCACGAGGGUUACAUCCUGUAAAGCCUGCCAGAUGCUCCUGAGAGGAACAUUUUAUCAAGGCUAUUUAUGUUUCAAGUGUGGCGCCAGAGCACACAAAGAAUGUUUAGGAAGAUUAGACAAUUGUGGCAGAGUUAAUUCAGGUGAACAAGGGACGCUCAAACCUGAGAAACCACGUAAUGGACUUCGAAGACUUCCCAGACAAGUGGAUCCAGGCCUCCCGAAGAUGCAGGUCAUUAAGAAUUACACUGGAAACCCACAGCCUCCACAACAAGAAGGACCUCCUUUGCACAUCCAGCUGGGAGAUACUGUUGAGCUUUUGCGAGGAGAUGCACAUAGCUUAUUUUGGCAGGGACGGAACUUAGCAUCAGGGGAGAUUGGCUUCUUUCCUAGUGAAGCAGUUAAGCCUUAUCCAUGUGUACCCAAACCAGUAGACUACUCUUGCCAGCCGUGGUAUGCAGGAGCAAUGGAAAGACUGCAGGCAGAGACUGAACUUAUUAAUCGGGUAAAUAGUACUUAUCUUGUGCGACACAGGACCAAAGAGUCAGGAGAAUACGCAAUUAGCAUUAAGUACAAUAAUGAAGCAAAACACAUCAAGAUUUUAACAAGAGAUGGCUUUUUCCACAUUGCAGAAAAUAGGAGAUUUAAAAGUUUAAUGGAACUCGUCGAGUACUAUAAGCAUCACUCUCUUAAAGAAGGCUUCAGAACUUUAGAUACUACUCUUCAGUUCCCAUACAAGGAGCCUGAAAAUACAGCCGGACAGAGGGGUAAUAGAGCAAGCAGCAACUCCCCUUCUUUGUUCUGUGGGUUUUCUUUUGUAACUCCUCCUCCAGACUACAGCUUUGUUCCCCCUUCUUCCACUCCUUUCUGGUCAGUGUUGAGCCCCAAAGUUUUGGGGAUAGCUAUUGCACGAUAUGACUUUUGCGCAAGAGAUAUGAGAGAGCUGUCUUUAUCCAAAGGAGACAUGGUGAAAAUUUACACAAAAAUGAGUGUGAAUGGUUGGUGGAGGGGAGAAGCAAAUGGAAGGUACAUCUUGUCACCCCCUGAAAAUACCCUGAACUCGGGGGAUCCCUGUAGUAUAGUGGACCGAGAGUUAAAUUCAGAUCUUAAAGCCUUGAAGGAACAGAGCAACAUCAAUUUGGAAACGAGCAUGUCAGCAACAAGCAAUGCAUUCAACUCCAGCAGGAUUAGGAAUGUGAACUGUGACCGAAUACCACCAGCUGUAGAGAGCCCAGAGGGGGAGACUGAGAAAACCCCAAAUGCCUGA